AUGAAGUUCGACUCCACCAUCAUUGUCGCCUCCUUGGCCGCCUCCGCAGUUGCGGCUCCCGCCCCCAAUGCCAACGAGCUUGCCAGGCGCUACGUUGACACCACCGGAGGCCAGAGGCUCCCUGCACACUUUGUUUCCACUGUCCGCAGGUUUUCGAGUGAAAAGAUCAAAUCUAAGCGUCAGCUAGACCAGCUUCUUUCCGCCCUCACUGGCGGUGGCGGAGCCGGCAACAAUGGCCUCAGUUCUCUUAUUGGAGGCCUCACUGGCGGCCUCGCCCAAGGUCAAGGUCAAGGUCAGGUUGCAGGCGGCGCCGCUGCCGGAGCUGCCAACGGGGCUGCCGGAGCGGCUAACGGGGCUGCCAACGGUAACGGUAACGGUAACGGCAAAGGUGGAGCUGCAAAGGGCGGUGCCGGUGCCAAUGCUGGUGCAGCCAAAAACGCAACUCAAACAGCUGGUGCCGCAAAUGGCGCAAAGGGAGGGAAAAACAAUCAAAACGGUCAGGCCCAGCUAGCUGGUGCCGGUGGUAACCAGGCUGCUGAUGGUGCUGGUGCCAAUGCAGGCAACGGUGCUGCCAAUGCUGCCAAUGCCGCCAACGCGGGCAAGGCCGGUGCCGCUAAUGCUGGUGCUGGUGCUGCUAAUGCUGGUGCUGCCAACGCCGGUGCCGCCAAUGCUGGUGCCGCCAACGCCGGUGCUGCCAAUACAGGCAAAGCCGGUGCCGCCAAUGAUGCUAAUGGUGCUAAUGGUGCUAAUGGUGCCAACGGUGCCAAUGCAGGCAAAGGAGCACAGCAGGGAGCAGCAGCACAGCAGGGAGCAGCAGCACAGCAGGGAGCAGCGGCCCAGCAAGGAGCAGCAGCACAACAAGGAGCUCAACAGCAAGGUGCUAAACAAGGAGGUGCAGCAGCACAGCAGGGAGCAGCAGCACAGCAGGGAGCAGCAGCACAGCAGGGAGCAGCAGCACAGCAAGGAGCAGCGGCCCAGCAAGGAGCAGCAGCACAACAAGGAGCUCAGCAGCAACAAGGUGCUAAGCAAGGAGGUGCAGCAGCACAACAAGGAGCUCAGCAGCAACAAGGUGCUAAGCAAGGAGGUGCAGCAGCACAACAAGGUGCUCAACAGCAAGGUGCAGCACAGCAAGGAGCUCAGCAACAGCAAGGAGCUCAGCAACAGCAAGGUGCCAAGCAGCAACAAGGAGCCAAGCAGGGAGGAGCAGCAGCACAACAAGGAGCUCAGCAGCAACAAGGUGCCCAGCAGCAACAAGGAGCUCAGCAGCAACAAGGUGCUAAGCAGCAAGGUGCUGCCCAGCAGGGAGCUGCCCAGCAGGGAGCUGCCCAGCAACAGGCGGGUGCAGCAGCCCAGCAAGCAGGCUCUACCGCCGCCACCGCCCGCUCGGUUUCCGUUGAGGAUGAGGAGGAGGAGGACUAA